AUGACCUUGAUUGGGUUUCAUAUUACCUUUCUGAAUGGAGUAGGGACGAUUGAAGCCACAGCUCCAAAAAAGCACCCCGGGGCAUUCGGUCCCAAUGGUGGAAAGUCGCGUGCCCUAGCAAUCCCCAGUAUUAUCUGGACACUGGGAUCAUUCGUGGGCCCUGUCGUGGCUGGAACAAUCAACGACAAGGUUGGGUACUAUACCAUGAAUUAUGCUAUUGGUGAGUAUCUCCACGUCUUUGAUAUUCUUCUCGCUAACUCCCGAGAUUUUUACAGCUGGAUUAUGUACUUUGUCCUCUACUGUUGCAUUUCUUUGCCUCCGGGUGCGGCAUCAAAGGACAUGAGCAUG